AUGGCGGACUCAGCAGACAAGAUAGCUACAUCUGUCGUGGAACACGACGAAGAAACGCAACAGCCUGUCAAAAACAACAAGCAAGUCGACGAUGCCCAUCGUUUUGUUCAAGUGCACAGUGCUAUCGAAUGGACAGAAGAAGAAGAGAGGAAGGUAUUGUGGAAGAUCGAUAUACGUAUUAUCAUAUUGCUGGUGCUCGCCAAUAUCAUGAUAUCCUGCGAUAGUCAAGCAUUUGGAGUUGCAGCAAUAUUCGGCUUGAUUCAAGAUCUCAAACUCUACACCAUCAUCAGCACCAACCCAAGUCAGUAUCCUCUUCUCGUGCUUGCCCAGAGAUUACCGAUUGGAAAGUAUAUGACAGAAGUCGUCAUGUACUCUGGAGCCCUUUCGCUCCUCUUUCUUACUCUGAACAACUUUGCGGGAACCAUGGCUCUGAGGCGAGUUAACAUUUCCCUGUACUCAACUGUUUACUUAAUGACGAUCAGAUUCUUUUAUGGUUUCCAAGGAGUUGGGCUCUCAGUUUGCAUCCUGAUUAGUUCAAUGUGGUGGAAAACAGAGGAACAACCUCUUCGCAUUGAACUCUGGAUGUGUGGUGCCUCUAUCGGAGCGAUCGUCGGUCAAGCGUUUGAUUACACUACAGCUUCGAUCAAUGGGCAGUUCGAAAAAAGUGCCUGGAAGUGGAUCUAUUUGCUGUUGGGAUCCAUGACUGUCGCAUACGCCAUCUUCUUUGGCAUUUUCUUCCCAGACUCUCCGAUGACAGCUCAUUUUUUGACCGAACGAGAACGAAACAUUGCUCUCAUAUGCGUGACUGGUUUUUUCUUUGCCUUCGCCACGGCCGCGCUUGGGAGUUUUGGGGCAAUCGUUCUCAGCGGCUUUGGCUUUUCAAACUUUAAAACGGUGCAACUGUACAUGCCAUGCUCCGGUAUUGUCAUUAUCCUCAUGAUAGUCUCUGGAUCCAUGGCCAACAAGUUUCGAAACUCGCGUAUCAUAAUCGCGAUGGGGUUUGUAAUACCUACAAUCGUUGCAUAUGACCCACUCUGGAAGUUACCAAGGGAUAAUCAAGGAGGCCUUUUAGCUUCCCUCUAUCUUACUGUGUUCUUCUACGGCGCUCUGAUUCAGACAUUUGGUCUUCUAGCAUCUAACGUUGCUGGAUAUACUAGGAAAACAACAGCAAACGCUAUGGGUUUCAUGGUCUCCUCAAUUGGUGGCAUCACAGGUCCUUUUGCGUUUAAGGGCAGCGAAGCCAGUGAGGGCUACCCCACUGGAAUGAUCAUCCUCAUGGUAUCAAUGACUGCAGCAGAGGUCGCGAUGGUAACGCUUCUAUUGUACUACAAGCGCUUCAACCGUCGUCAUGACCUGGCAAUGCAGACAAAUGCCGCCGCGAAUGCCUGCAGUCAACAUUACCUAAAGAACAAGCUGCAUUCGUCGAUCUUACCGACCAUGAAAAUCCUUAUUUCCGCUAUGUUUGCUCAAUAA